AUGGAUCUGAACCCUUCGUUGAAUUGGGAACGUUUGCAAUCACUGUUUUACAGAUCACAGACAUUACAAUCUAUUGGGCGCAAACCUUCAGCAACAGGGUUGUCCGUGUAUUUGGUUGCUGAACCAGAGAAAACCUUCGUUUACAAUUACACUGAUGAACUGCAACUAACUCUAAAUCAUGAGGCGCUUCCUUCCGCUCAUCUGAAAAGUGUUAUAGAAGACGAUCAAUUGGUCGUUAUCAUGAAAGAUAGAGUUAGGGUAUAUCUCUCACUUAUAACCGAAGAAUUCAAGGAGCACAAUAUAUUGGACAAAGAGCGUCAGCCGCUCUCAAUUUGGGACUAUAAAGAUGGCAUAGUCAUAACUACCGACUUUCGUAUCUAUAGAAUCUAUCAUCAGGAACAAUUAUUCCCUAAUUUAGCGUUUUCCCUCUUAUUAAAAGAUCAUUGGUUUACCAACAAAUCUCAAAUCGUACUACUGGACUCCUCUGGAACUGUAAUUAUAGGUAAUAUAUUAUCAAAGGAAUUGAGGCAGUUUGAAGGCUGGACUGGAUGGUAUAAAGGUUCUAUCUCGGAAAAUGGAUUCGUAUGUUUGGUGAAUGCUAAACUCAACAACCUCAUUGUAUUCGAUGAUGAUCUAAAUAAACCAUUGAUUGAAGUAAAGCUAGACGAGUUACCAAAGAAUAUAGCAUGGUGUGCAAACGAUUUAAUUUGUUGCAACUUUGGUGAUGAUGAGGUACGAUUAAUAGGGUCCGAGAAGGACUACGUGUCUUUCUGGCUACCAAGUCAUAUUGUGGGUUUACAGUCCGUGAGUGAUGGCUUGAAAGUUAUUACAGAGGAUCAUAUUGAGUUUGUCUCGAAAGUAGCAACCUAUACUUCUGAUAUUUUCAGCAUUGGGUCUACCGCGCCUGGUGCCAUCUUAUUAGAUUCAUUGAAUUUAUUACAAAAUGAUGAGAAUUCCCCUAAAGCUAUAGAGAAUCUCAAAAUAAUCAAUUUGAAGAAAGCUGUAGACGAGUGUGUGUCUGCUGCUGGAGAUGAGAUAAAUUCCAUAUGGCAAAAACGUUUGUUAUCAGCAGCCUCAUUCGGGAAAGAUUCCUUGUCAUCGACUGAAUUCAAUGCCUCACAGUUCGUGAUAACUUGCAAUUAUUUAAGAGUACUAAAUUUCUUAAAGACAGUGGGGAUUUUCUUAACUCUACGGCAGUUCAUUUCGAUAGGUGUCGAGGCCAUUGUCUUGAAAUUGGUUAAUAUUCGUAAGAUAUACGAAAGUUACCAGAUUAUCGAUCAUUUGAAGUGCCCAGAAUUAAUUCCUGUAGUAUUCAAUGAGUGGAGCAAAGGGAAAAUUUUAACAUCACCAGACUCUGGCAACGAGGCAUUAUACCAGGUUGUCCAUGACAGAGCGCUUGCUCUCAAUGUACAACUACAACUUUCCAAAGUUGCAAAUAUUGCCUUUUUAGAUGGGAGACACUCUCUAGCCAGAAAGCUAGCGCUAGAUGACCAAAAUCUUUUACCUAAAGUAGACAUACUCUUGAAAAUGGAUGAGGUAAAUAUCGCCACAGAUGAAGCAAAUAAAAGCAUGGACAUACCGGUUGUAUUAUUCCUAUUGUUGUAUUCUAAGAGAGUUAUGUCAACUGCCCAGUUCACUAAAAAUCUAAUUGUUACCAUGAAAGAUAAUAAUGUAUACCAGUUCUUCCAAAGGAAUGAUUUUCCUUUCUUAUAUGACUAUUUCAGACAAACUGAUGACUAUUUGAGCCUUGCAAGGCUCAUAUGGAAACAUGGGAAAGAAGAAGGUCAAGAAAGCAAUUCUUUGCUUAGCCAAGUUUCAGAUCUUUAUGGUAAGUUCAUGACGAAUGCCGAUGUAAAACGUGAUAGAACAACCAUAGAAAGGGCCAAAAAGCUAUUUCUAUAUCAAACUGAUUUAAGCAACAAAUACGGAAUUAAUUUCCACAACCAAACCUGCGAUGAGACCUUAAGUACUUUGAUAAAAGUUGGUCAGAGGAAUGAGGUUAAGAGAAUGAUCAACGAAUUUAAGAUAUCAGAACGGAAAUUUUACUUUUUAAAGUGUUCAUGUUUAGCUAAGGAACAUAAGUUGAAGGAACUUUAUUCGUUCUCUCAGGAGAAAAAGUCACCGAUAGGUUACCUUCCAUUUUUCAAAGCAGUUAGUAAGUAUGCGAACAAAAAGGACGCUGCAAUUUAUGUUAACAUGCUUUCCUCCCUCACGUAUGCCGAGAAACUUGACAUGUACCUUGAUUGUAAAGCGUAUCAUGAAGCCAUCAGUCUUGCGUCUCACGAGAGGGAUGCAAUAGGUUUGAAACAAGUUUUGAAUAGAAUUCCUCAAAACGAAACUCAGUUAAGGUCCUUGGCUAUGCAACAGUUACACAGUUUAUAA